AUGGAGCCAUACAGUCUUGGAGAAGAGGGAGCACUUCCAUCAGAAGGGCAUCUCCCAUCCUUCUCUGAGAGUCAAGGGCUCAACUGCAGUGACACACUCAACCGGGACCUGGGCCCCAGCACACGGGACCUGCUCUAUGCUGGCUUAAGCGGUUUGGACCUUGACCCCAGUCUCUCCACAUCAGAUAUGCCCAGUGAAGUGCUGGAGGACAAUCUGGACACCCUGUCCCUAUACUCAGGGAAGGACAGUGACUCUGUGAAGCUGCUGGAAGAGUAUGCGGACUCCGAAUCACAGACCUCCUUACAAGACCUGGGGCUGGGCACACUCAAGGUGCCUAAAGAGGCUGAUGAAGGAGGCAGGGCCACUGGGAGUACAAGGAAAGGCAAGCGGCAGCACAGUUCCCCUCAGAAUCCACUCCUGGACUGCAGCCUGUGCGGGAAAGUGUUCAGCAGUGCCAGUUCCCUGAGCAAGCAUUACCUGACGCACAGCCAGGAGAGGAAACACGUGUGCAAAGUCUGCAGCAAGGCCUUCAAGCGGCAGGACCACCUGACUGGGCACAUGCUCACCCACCAGAAGACCAAGCCCUUUGUGUGCAUUGAGCAGGGUUGCAGCAAGAGCUACUGUGACUACCGCUCACUGCGCCGCCACUAUGAAGUCCAGCAUGGAGUAUGCAUCCUGAAGGAGGCUCCACCAGAAGAGGAGUCCUAUGGGGACCCAACCCACAACCAUGAUGUGGCCAACCAGCCUCCACCCAGUGGCUUGAGGUCCCUGGGGCCCCCAGAAGCUAGGUCCCCAGGCUCUGUCUUGCCCAACCGAGACCUCCUUCGCUGUAUUGUGAGUAGCAUCGUCCACCAGAAGAUUCCUUCUCCUGGCCCAGCAGUGGGGUCUUCUGAUACUGAAGCAAGGAGCUCAGCCUGUGCCUGCCCCACCUCGUUGGGGUCAUCAUCAUGUACACCGGCCAGUACCCCAGUGGCCCCAGGAACCCUGGGCUCUGAGAUUCCUGAGGAAACUCAUCCCCCACGAAAGGAAGCUGCCACUGAAAUGUUCACAGCUGUCCAGUCAAGAGCAGCUGAGAACGGUGCCCCUGAUCCACCAGAGUCAGAGUUAGAGUCAGAGUCUCCACGACUUCAACGGCCAUCCUCUCUGGAGGGCUGGCCAGAGGGCAGCUCCCUGCCUGCCUGCCUGCCUCUCUUUAGAGGCCACUCUGUCCCCUCAGGAUCCCAGCCUUCCAGCCACAACUUCCAGUGGCUCCGGAACCUGCCCAGCUGUCCCAAGAACAAAAGCAGCAAUGUGUUUAUGGUCCACAAGCCCUCUGCAGUGGCAUCCCGGGAGGGCUCUGAGGGGAGCUCUGGGCCCAGCAGUACCCCUGCCUCAGUGGAGCCUUCACCCAGCCUGGGCACCAGCCAGGAGGACCUGCUGCCAUUUCCUCCUGCACUCCUAAAGGCCCCUAGUGAGGCCUCCAGUGAAGUCCGGCAGGUAGCUGGGGAAGAUGAAACCUGGGCUCCCAAAAAGUGCAAACCCGACUGUGAGUCAUUCCCAUGGCAGAGCCCCACUGAGCUUGGGCUCCAAGAUGCACAGAACCCAGGUGGACUCCCCUCAGAUGCCACACCCCUCUUCCGGCAGCUUUUCAUGAAGUCACAGGAGUCUCUGGUAAGCCAUGAGCAGAUGCAGGUGCUCCAAAUGAUUGCCAAGUCCCAGCGGAUCUUCUCCCAUACCCAGGUGGCUACAGCCGCAGCCCAGAGACCAGGGCCUGAGGGCAAGCAGUCCACUCUGAAGCCAUUGCAGGGGUCAUGGCCACCACAAACUCUGCCACCAGUACCCACUGUAGACUCUUUCCAGAUAGGCCCUGGACACUCAGAGCCAGAGGGAUCCCCAGUCCGCAGGAGGAAAACCAUGCCUGCAGUGUCCAGAGAAACAUCUCCUGGGGGCCCUAGGCGAGACACAAAAGGAGGCCCCAAAGUGGCCUCUGCACCACCAUCCCUCACAGGGCCAGCUCUGCACCCCUCCCGGAAUCCAGACAACUCUUCCUUGGCCAAAGGGACCUUGGACCUGGGAGACAUUAUCCCCAGUGCCGGCUCAAGGCAGUCCCAGUUAGGUGGAGAUGAGCCAUCUGGAACCCAGCUGGUUGGGAAACAGGGGCAAGGAGAGAAUGGCCUGGCUUCGGGGGCCAUGAGAGGUGAGAAGGGCCCAGCCUGCCCCCGAGGUGGAGGCUACAGGCUCUUCUCAGGGCACCCCAGGGCCCAGAGAUUCUCAGGUUUCCGGAAGGAGAAAGUAAAGAUGGAUGUGUGCUGUGCAGCUUCUCCCAGCCAAGUGGCCAUGGCCUCCUUCUCAUCAGCCGGGCCCCUGGCAGAUCCACCCAGAGACAUGAAGUCCAAGCUGACAAUCUUCAACAGAAUCCAGGGUGGAAACAUCUACAGACUCCCCCAUCCAGUGAAGGAAGAGAGCUUGGCAGGCGGAUGCCAUCAGCCAAAUGGGGCUCCCACAGAUUGGAUGGAGUCAAAGAGCACUUUUGUGUGCAAGAAUUGCAGCCAGAUGUUUUACACAGAGAAAGGGCUGAGCAGCCACAUGUGUUUCCAUAGUGACCAGUGGCCAUCACCUCGAGGGAAGCAGGAGCAACAGGGACAAGAAAAAGAUGGGGAAGAGAGAGACAGCAAGGAGAGCAGCCAGUACAGAAAGAGGAAGAAGCGGCCCCAGCCCAAGGCCCUGUUUGCCCCUCCUGCACCCUCUGCCCUUGGGGAGCCAGGCCCAGGAGGGUGCCACCAGAGCUGCCUACGCUCUCCUGUGUUCCUGGUGGACCACCUCCUCAAGGGCUUGUUUCAGUGUUCUCCCUACACACCACCACCUAUGCUUAGCCCAAUUCGUGAGGGCUCCGGGCUGUACUUCAAUACACUCUGCUCCACAUCCAGGGCUGGGCCCCACCUCGUCAGCCCUGUACUUGGUGAGUGAGGCCA